CUCAGACUCAGAGCAAAGAGAACAUGAAACAUGAGGAAUUAAACACACAGUGUUUAAACCUGUGGACGUGUGUGUGUGUCUGUGUGUGUGUGUGUAUGGAGCAGUAAAUCAUAGGAAACAUCAUCUGCUCAUACCUCAAGCAGGAAGGGUUUUGCAGGAGUGAGAGAUGUUACAGUAAACCGAUCCCAGCGCUCAGCUCAAUAACCUGCGUUACGAUCUCCAGACUGAGGGAUGUUCUCGACGGUGAAGCCCUUUGAAGAGCAGCUCUUCUCCGCUCUGAGGAAACAGUGCCAGCAGAACAGGACUCUGUUUGAAGACCCCAGCUUCCCCGCUGUGGACCAGUCGCUCUUCACUCAGGGAAACCGCAUCGGAAGAGUCACCUGGAAGAGGCCAAAGGAGCUGUGUGAAGACCCACACUUGUUUGUGAACGGGAUCAGCGCUCAUGACCUGCACCAGGGGCAGCUGGGAAACUGCUGGUUCGUGGCGGCCUGCUCCAGUCUGGCCUCCAGAGAAGCUCUGUGGCAGAAGGUUAUCCCAGACUGGAAGGACCAGGAAUGGGACGAGCAGAAGCCGGAGAGCUAUGCUGGGAUUUUUCACUUUCGGUUCUGGCGUUUUGGAGAAUGGGUGGAUGUUGUCAUCGAUGACCGACUGCCGACCGCAAACGGGAAGCUCAUCUACUGCCACUCUAACGACAGUAACGAGUUCUGGAGCGCACUGGUGGAGAAAGCCUACGCCAAGUUGUGUGGAUGUUAUGAGGCUCUGGAUGGCGGGAACACGGCCGACGCUCUGGUGGACUUCACCGGUGGAGUCUCGGAGCCCAUGGAUCUGCUGGAGGGGAAGUUCAUCCAGGAGCAGGAGGCCAGAAAUCAGCUGUUUGAGCGCGUGCUGAAGGUCCACAACAGAGGAGGCCUGAUCAGCUGCUCCAUCAGAGCCACGAAUCAGGCGGACAUAGAAGCCCGUUUAGACUGCGGUCUGGUCAAAGGUCACGCGUAUGCAGUCACUGAUGUGCGUAAAGUGCGUCUGGGCACCGGCCUGCUGGCCUUCUUCAAAUCAGAGAAGCUCUCCAUGAUCCGCAUGAGGAACCCGUGGGGUGAGAGAGAGUGGAACGGAGCGUGGAGCGACAGCUCAGAGGAGUGGAAGAGAGUGAGUAAGGGUGAGCGAGAGAGGUUGGGUGUGACUGUGGAAGAUGAUGGCGAGUUCUGGAUGGAUUUUGAGGAUUUCUGCAAGUAUUUCACAGACCUGAUUCUGUGCCGCAUGAUUAACACGUCAUACCUGAGCAUCCAUAAGACCUGGGAGGAGGAAGUGAUGCGGGGCUCCUGGUGUCGCCACGACGACCCUUUAAGAAACCGAUCAGGAGGCUGCAUCAACCACAAAGCCACGUUCUUGCAGAACCCACAGUAUGUGUUCAAUGUGACGAAGCCAGAGGACGAGGUUCUGAUCUGUCUUCAGCAGCAGGACAAGAGAGCUAAAGAUGUCAAAGGAGACAAUGUGGCCAUCGGCUUUGACAUCCAAAGAGUGGAGCUCAACCGGACGUACCGCAUGCACACCAUCCAGAACACAGCGGGCAGCUCCAUCUACAUUAACUCCCGCAGCGUGUUUCUGCGCAAGGACCUGAAGGAGGGCCGCUACGUCAUUGUUCCCACGACCUUUGACCCCGGCCUGCAGAGAGACUUCCUGUUGCGCAUCUUCACAGAUGUACCUGCUGCCUGCAAGGAGCUGAUGACAGACGAGCCGCCUCACACCUGCUGGACAGGAUGCUGUGGAUAUCCCAAGCUGGUCACACAGGUGCAUGUCCACAGAGCAGAUGGACUCCAGGUUCAGGACUCAGAUGGAGCGUCCGAUCCGUACGUCAUCAUCAGCUGCGAGGGACAGAAGGUUCGCUCUCCGGUGCACAAAAACACAACGAGUCCCGACUUCGACGUGAAGGCUGUGUUCUACAGGAAGAAGCCGAAGGAGCCGAUCCGCAUUCAGAUCUACAACAGGAACCUCGUGAAGGACUCGUUCAUGGGUCAGGUGGUCCUGAGCGGCGAUCUGUCCGACCUGCAGACGCUUCACACGCUUCGUCUGCGGGACAAAACCAACCGGAACAACGAGGUUCCAGGUCUGCUGUCGGUGAGCCUGACCACCAGCGACGUCCUGACCAACAUCUGACCGCUCCAGAGCAUCUUUAACAUGCUCUGUGUCUGUACUUUACACACUUAUACUUACAUGCUCUUUAUCAGCGCUGGGGCGAAAACAUCAAUGCAUCACGAUUCAUCAAUCAAUCAAUUCUGAGAUUAUAUAUAUAUACAGUAUAUAUAAAUCAAGGUAGUUUAGGACAUGCAUUAUGAUUUAACAUGCAGUAUAUAUAUUUUAUUCAAGUAUGUAGUUAUGAAUUCAGUUUUAUAUUCUGUCUGUUGUCAUAUUUCAAACUUUUAUCUGAAAUGGAGGGUCAAGGACUACUUCUGUUUAAUCUGUUUACACUAAAUGUUGAAAUAUGGAGGGCAUUCCUGUUUUUCUCUUUCAAAUAUCUGCUAUUAUCUUGAUUUUAUCACGCUUUUGUUAAAGGAAACAUUUCUCCAGAUGAUGAGGAGCUUUAUUCAGUGUUUUUAUCUGAAUCCAGGAUUCAUUUAUGUCUCUAACAUGCAUGAUGAGUAUAAAUCAGUUUCAGAGCUAGAACAGUGAAUAUAAAUGUUGAGCAUCACUUGUGUAAAGACCAAUUCCAGCCACAAGGUGUCAGUAUAUCAACUGAGGAAGAAGAAGAAGCAGGUUUAGUUCUAUCUCAAAAAAUAUUACACAGUAUAUAAUCACAUGAAUGUGAAAAUCAUUUUCUGCCUUGAGAAAAACAAACUUGAAAAAUGUAAAUGUCAUCAAGCCAAAUCUGCAUUAUUCUUCCGAUUAGCAAACGCCAAGAUGCUUUUUAGCUGGGAAUAUGAGAAUCUCAGUACAACUGUGCCAUUAACGAUCACUAUGAAUGUUUUGUGUUUUAUGUUUUGUUCUGUUUCUGUUUCUUUGUGUGUAAAGCCUGUUGUUUACAGAUGUGCCUUAUCAGAACGGGUAAAAUAGCCAAAGAAGUCUGGUCAUAUUCUGUGACGCAUCUUUUUGUUUUUCUCACUGUUUCACAUAAUGAAAUAAAAUUGAAUUGAAUGUUCA